AAAAAGCAUAAAACAAUACAGAGAGAGAAAAUGGUGGAAAAGUAAAGCUGCAGAAUGCAGGAAGGAAGGAAUAGCAUCCAAUACUCAUGAUCUUUCUCUUAUACUUCUUUCAUCUCUGAAGAAUCAAAGAAGAAGAAGAAGAAAUCAUCAUGUAAGUGUUGAGUUAGGUUUCCAGCAUUUCAAUGGCAACAAUGUCUGACGAAGAUUCUAGACGUUUGUAUUCAUGGUGGUGGGAUAGUCAUAUAAGCCCUAAGAACUCUAAAUGGCUACAGGACAAUCUUACCGAUAUGGAUGUGAAAGUGAAAGCUAUGAUCAAGCUUAUUGAGGAAGAUGCAGAUUCAUUUGCUAGAAGAGCUGAGAUGUAUUACCAGAAGCGUCCUGAGCUUAUGAAACUAGUUGAAGAAUUCUAUAGAGCUUAUCGAGCUUUAGCAGAACGAUAUGACCUAGCUAUUCGUCAAGCACAUAACAUAGCUGCUGCUUUUCCAGACCAACUUCCAUUGGUUCUUUCAGAAGAAUUCGAAAAACUGAACGAAAAGACCAUGUCGAAUUCUGAGUUUGAAGGAAUGAGAAAGAUUGAAAAGGAGAUUGAAACAUUUAAACAGUCACUUUCCAAGUUAGAAGCUGAAAAGGAGACAGGCCAAGCUCGUUACAACCAGACAAUUGAAAGACUGUCGAGGCUAGAAUCCAACUUCUCUUCUUCACAAGAGGAUUCGAGGGAUCUUAACGAAAGAGCUAGUAAAGCUGAAGUAGAACUUCAGAUUCUUCGUGAAAUUCUCUCCAAAUUACAAGAUGAAAAGGAUGAGAAUCUACUGCAGUACCAGCAUUGUCUCGAAAGGAUAUCGAAUCUAGCUGAAUUGAUCUCUCGUUCGAAUGAAGAGGCUAGAGACGCAAACAACAGGGCGAUUGAAUUCGAAACGAAAGUGGUGGGAAUGAAACGAGACCUCGUUACUUUAGAAUCUGAAAAGGAUGCAGCCCUCGUUCAGUAUGAGGGUUCUUUGGAGAAGAUCGCUGUUCUCGAGUGUAAAUUAGUGUUAGCCGAGGAUGAUGCCAAAAAACUCCACGAAAGAGCUGAAAACGCGGAAAAGGAAGUUGAAUUGUUGAAGUUAGCUCUUGCAAACUUAACCCAAGAAGAAGAAAAGGAAGGAACUCAUUGGAAAGAAACCGAAAGAGCUCUGCAAACACUAAUGGCCCAUUUGCAAGACGAGAACAAGAAUCUGAAGGAAAGCUUCGAGAGGGAAAGAAGAGAAAAAGUUGCAUUCCUUGAGAAAAACUCUGUUCUUGAGAAUUUGCUUGUAGAACUAAGUGUAAAGAAAAUGGAAGGUUCCUUUCAAUCUCUUCAAGAGGAGAAAUCAACUCUUCUUGCUGAAAACGCUACUCUAAUGACUCAACUUCAGGCAUCGAACGAUGGAAACGCGUUUCUGCAAAAUUCCCUUUCCGAUCUAUUCGAAAAGCAUGAACUGUUAAAGGCUAAACUGGAACAAAAGGAAUCCAGUCUUUCAAAGGUUCAUAUGGAGAGCUUUCAAGCAGUUACUUCAGCACUCGACGACAUGCUAAGAAGCACAGGCAGGAAGUUGCAAGAAUCAGAAGCUCAAAACUGUCAAAAGGAAAUGAAGAUUUCUGAAGCAGAAUGCAGAAUAACUGUCUUGGAGCAGACGGUGGAUGAUCAGAACAAGAAGCUUCUCGAACUAUCUAGAAAUAACGACUUCCUUUCUGAAACCAACUCGAAGCUUGAAUCUGAACUUCAUAGAUGCAAGAAAAAGGAAGAAGCUUUAUGCUCUAACGUUCAGAAAUUCAAAAAUGAAAGUAAGCUAUGGGAGACUGUUUGCUCAUCUUCGUUUGAAGAACUACAAGUGGGAUCUAUCUCUCAAACUUUCAUGCAAGAAAAGAUUCGCGAGCUUACUGAAACAUGUACCCGUCUAGAUUGUGAAGUUACUUCCAAAUUUACAGAGACAGCGCUUCUUAAAGAAAGAAUAACCAUUUUGGAAGAUGAAAGUAAAAGAUAUACUCCGGCCAUAGCUUCCUUGAAGGAUGCUAUAGUUUCCUUGGAAAGUAUUACCCUUCAGGGAAAAAAGCCAUCUGGUUCAUGUUCAUCGAGAAGCGAAGAUCCAAGGGACGAUCUUGAAGACCUACAAUGGAGGGUUAAAGCAAUCCAGGAAUCUGUAGUGGAAAUGGAAAGCCUUGCAUUUCACAAAACCAUGGAUGCCAAUGCCAAACUUGAGGCAGCAAUGAGGCAGGUUGGACAGUUGAGUUCGAAAAACGGUUUAAAACAACAAAAACCGAUGUUUGUUCCCGUCUCUGAUAUCUCAACACCCGAAAACGGUCUUCUACUGUCAAAAGACAUAAUGCUCGAUCGCGUAUCCAGAUGUUCGCCCCGUGGUCUAAGCAAAAAGGAGUACGUCGUGAUCGAUAGUCAGAUGAUCGAAUCAUGGAACACCACUUUCGAUCUCAAAGUCGCCUCAAAACCAAACAAGCCAUUAUUAUCCUCCUGCUCCACCAAGAAAAGGGAGGAAGAGCAUCCGACGUCGGAAGAAUCAACGCUGCUGGAUAAGGAACUGUCUAGAAGAUUCUCGAGCUCCCGUCGUGAAAUACACAAACGGAAGAUUCUCGACAGGCUGGAUUCAGACGCUCAGAAAUUAGGAAAUCUCCAUAUAACAGUAGAGGAUUUGAAGAGAAAAAUGGAGACAAUGACAGACAAGAACAGCCAAAAGAUACUACAAGCCACUAAUUCAGAAUGGGAGAUGUUGAAAGAACAGAUUGAAGAAGCAGAGGCAGCAGUUUUAAUGUUUCUCGAUCAAAACAGCAAUAUGAUGGAAGUUAUAGAACAGAGAUACUCCUUCUCGAGCGAAGGUGGGAAAUCUAGCGUUGAUCAGAGCAAGGAUAUAAGGAGAACACGAAUCCCAGAAAGAUCGAGAAAAUUAUCAGAGAAAAUUGGGCAGCUUCAGUUAGAAGUGCAGAAACUACAGUUCAUUCUGCUUAAACUCGACGAAAGAAGGGAGAACCGAGGAGGAAAAACAAGGAUGAUGGAGGUGAAGAGAAGGGUUCUUCUUAAGGAUUAUCUCGGCGGAAGAACCUCGACUAGCCAGAAGAAGAAGACGUCGUUCUGUGCAUGCGUCCAGCCACCAACUAGAGGUUAAGGUAUUAAGUUUUUAAGUUCUUCUCCAUUUUCAUUACUGGGAAAGUUAUUAAACAUGAAAAUGGAUAGCUUGUUAUUUCCAUAAACAAAAUCAGAUUAUUAUCGUUAAACAAUGUUAUCAUUUUCAGUCGCCUUUUUAGCUUUC